AUGGCAAUCAAGAGGAGUAAAGAACCUCUUGUCUCAUGUGCGCGCUCUCAUGGUCAGUUGUUGGAGAAAAAUCUUGUCGGAGGCAGUGAUGCACAGGGUUCUGGAAACAGUCAUGUGAGCGAAAUUAAUGCAGAGAUUAGAGCACUAAGGGAACAGUUAAUGAGAAGUCAAGUCCUAUUUACUUAUCUGUUAAAGGAUGCGAGCUCUGAAAAUACCCCCAAGAGUUCUGAAGACAAAGGGGAUUUGCACGCUCUUCUGGAAGAUGGAAACUUACGGGAUGCUAUUUUUCACUGCAAAAGUUUCGACGGCCAAGUUCCACCACGAUUUUGCAGUCGCUCUAAUCGAAGCAGCAGCUCAUAUGCAAGUCACAAAUCCACUCCCAUGCACUGUGGUUACAUUUCAGUAUCCUGUCCCAUUCUUCCUGUGGAAUCUCCAGUUGCCACAAAAGCGACACAGACAGAAACAGCCUUCGGUGUAUCUUUUUACUUGGGGCGUACUUCAGCUGGAGGUUUUUCAUCUGAUUCGUUGAAUAAAGAUGCAUCUGUAUUCUACUCAUCGACUUCAUCACCCUGCGACAGCAAUCCUAAAACUUUACUUCUUUCUGAAGUAUGUGAUAUUCACAGAGAUCCAGAUCCACAUUCGUAUCCUCGUCAACGAACAAAUAGUUUCCUUGCAGCCGUCAAAGAUGGAAAUCCCAAAUUGAUUGAUGCAACUUACGGUGCGAAUGAGAAAAGCAUUAAAUUAGCUCUUUUUGGGUGCGAACGGAGGACAAAGGAAGACGAUUCUGGAAAUAUUUUCCCCGGUACUGAACUACGCACCAACUCCAAUGUGCAGGAAGGAGAAAAAUCUGUCGUUGAUGAUUCAAAGGAAUGUCCGAUUCCUCGCAGGCUUUCCAUUCUCCUGGAAGAAGAAUACGAGGAUGUACCAGGGAACUGUUUCAACUCUCAACCUUUUCCUCAUAAAAAAAGAAAACAUUUACCAUCAUGCAGUGUAAAUACACAAACUGAUUUAUGCCUCGCAGUGAACUCAAACCUUUCUUCCGACGAACUCUUACCCUUUAAGAAAAAGAAGUCCGAAGAAUUGCCGGUCACGGAGUUUUUCUUGACCAAGCAGGGUUACACCAUAGUCAUGUCUGCCGUUGAGAAAAAAACUGUUUAUUCAAAAGAACUACCUCAGAAAGUGGUUUCUCGGCAUCCCCCUCCGUACACGAAGAACCACUGGAAAACCACUCCGUAUAUUGCGUCGGAGGGUGGCUAUUUCAAUCAAAUGUCAUCCAGACACAGAUCACGUAUGCACAAAUGGAAUACAGUUUCAGAGUCACUGCUGAGUAAGAGUCAGUGUUCUCAACCUGUCAAGACUCAUAAUGAAUUCAGUCUUCAAACGCGUCAUCUUUCCCUCGAAAAACAGGAAUCCUUCUCAUCGUGUGAUCAUAGUUUGUAUCCAGACAGUCAGAUAUCAUCUAUAACGGAUUGCUCUGCGUGGAUGAAUCGGUCGGAUAUCGAUUUGCAUCAGAAAUCGGAGUCAUUCACUUACCAACAAUCGCAAUUGCCGCCUCAUCAGAACCAACCUGCAAAAAAUAGGAUGGGUGAUAUUACGAGUGAAUGGAGAGCAGAUUCUAGAGAAAAGAACCCACCACCUCCAGGGAGUGGUGAAUCUACUUCAGUACACCAAGGGAAUAAGGAGAAGAGUGAGAAUUUCGAAAAACUAUCAAAAGCUCGGAGUAUGCGUAGAGGAUCAGGUGCAGGUUCGCCAAACUCUCUGUUAACUAUUCCGCGUUGCCCUGCUUUUGAUUUCGGUGAACAAGAAGAUGCGCAUUUUCUUUUCCCGUCGCCUUCGGAACCUGAAGGAUAUCAAAGUAUUAAACCCGAAAUGCAGAGAGAAAAGUCAAAUCCCGAGUCAGUCCAAAGUUCUUCCCAAUUAAGUGAUACUUCCCAAAAGAAAAAAGACACCAACAAGUUGAAAACAUUAAUGCCAGAGCUGAUGGAAAACUCAGAAACAGAAUCUGCGAAGGGAAGUUUUGAAUGUGAACCGUCUGAUGCUACGUUCAACUUGGAAUCGUCAGUUGCGCCAUUUACAGAUAUCGCUUUUCCUAGUUUGCCCAACACGUUUUUAGCUAAGCUCGGAGUGCACAAGGAUAGUCCUCUAUCUGUUGAAGGGUUUGAUGAACAAGAAUUAGAGAGCAAAUUCGUGGCCUUAUCGCUGGCGUUUAAAACUGACCGUACUACGUUGAAUAAAAGAAUUGAUCUUCAUAAAAGACAAAGAGAUAUGGCAGAGAAGAAUGUGGAAAAUGAGUUUCAAGCAAUGAGAGAGCACCUAAACACUCUUAACCUUAAAGCUGUUGGUUCUGAUAUUCGAGAUCUCAUUUCAAAGAUACAGAAUCAUCUGGAUAUUGCACAGCAAGCUACUUCAAGAUUAUCAGGACGCGCUGAGAUAUAUGGAUCUGUGCAACAGGAAGAGCGGGUUAGUCGUGCCUUUGAAGUUUUGGUGUUGCACGUCGAUCAUCUGAAGCGGUUAUUUGAUAAAGAGCACAAAGAGCUUGAAGAAACACGGAAACUGUUAACUGACAGUCAUGCAUUCAGAAGAGAACUGGGAGCAGAUAUAAUAUCAGAAGAUCAGAAGAAGUACCUUAAAUCCUUUGCUUUGCCUAUUGGGACCAUUAAAUCAGUAAGGUUUGAUGAACAAGAAUUAGAGAGCAAAUUCGUGGCCUUAUCGCUGGCGUUUAAAACUGACCGUACUACGUUGAAUAAAAGAAUUGAUCUUCAUAAAAGACAAAGAGAUAUGGCAGAGAAGAAUGUGGAAAAUGAGUUUCAAGCAAUGAGAGAGCACCUAAACACUCUUAACCUUAAAGCUGUUGGUUCUGAUAUUCGAGAUCUCAUUUCAAAGAUACAGAAUCAUCUGGAUAUUGCACAGCAAGCUACUUCAAGAUUAUCAGGACGCGCUGAGAUAUAUGGAUCUGUGCAACAGGAAGAGCGGGUUAGUCGUGCCUUUGAAGUUUUGGUGUUGCACGUCGAUCAUCUGAAGCGGUUAUUUGAUAAAGAGCACAAAGAGCUUGAAGAAACACGGAAACUGUUAACUGACAGUCAUGCAUUCAGAAGAGAACUGGGAGCAGAUAUAAUAUCAGAAGAUCAGAAGAAGUACCUUAAAUCCUUUGCUUUGCCUAUUGGGACCAUUAAAUCAGAAAUCAAACACAGUUCAAGCUUACUUCCAACUGUUAGUAGUCUAGGUCUGAGUAGCGAUAGCCAGCCUCCAUCUUCAGCUACCUCCUCAUUCCCAUCUAGAAUAUGCAUUACAGAGACCAGAGCCAGGCGUUCCUCAUUGCCUGUUGCUAACCCAAUAAUUCCUAGUUUACUACCGAAGUCAGAAUCAUCAUCUGAAGAUUUUAGCCAUUCUGCUUUGUCUCUGGAUAAAAGGUGCCUCCGAAAAAAAGAACGAAAUAAUUGGACUAGAAAGUUGUCAUCCGUAACUGAUGAAAGGGAAUUAUCAGAAGAAGAAGAAGAAGAAAAUGUACAGCCACCUGACGUAACGGAAAGGGAAAAUGCUGAACAUGAAACAGAAACACGUGAUGUGAAACUAAUUUUUCUGAAACAAGUAGAAAGCAAAAUCAAUGAUUCCUACAAAAAUAUCAAUGAAUCCCUUGGCGACAUAGAAACAGGUGAAGAAUCUCGUUUUACUCAAGAAAUUCAUAAAACAGAUGAUUCAACACCUGAGAAAUCUUUAUACUUCGAUGAUUGGCCUGGCAUUUCAAUACUUUAUGAACUUUGGGAAGAAAACAGUGCAUGGACUUCAGUCCGGCUUAUUAGCAGCACACUGUUUAUCUUUGUAGCACUUUGUAUUUUCUUAUUUUCCCUCAUUAUACCCUGCCUAAGUGGUCAUAUUUUCACCGAAGAACUGGGUGAUUGCAAUUAUUUCCUUUUUACUAUUAGACAGCAAAAGCAUCAUCCAUCUUCAUAAGUUCGACUUAACAAUUCAUUUCAUCUUCAUUGAUCUGGAAACAUUAGUUGAAUCAACAUUGGUGUUACUUGCAAUGUGCCAACAGCCUGGAUGCACUAGCGCAGCCAAAAAUACCUUUUGUAGGUGUUUUUUUUAGUGAAAAAUACCUUCUGAAGGGGAUUUUCUGAUCAAAAAUACUUUCUGAGGGAGAUUUUCUGAUCAAAAAUACCUUCUGAAGGGGAUUUUCUGAUCAAAAAAGCUCUUUCAUAUGCAUAAACUAAGGGAGUUUUCUGAUCAAAAAAGACCUUUCAUAUGCAUAAGCUACUGUAUCUGAAAUUGCAUUUAUGUUAAAAACAAUGGCUCUGGGGGGGGGGGAGUUUCACCCCCCCCCUUCGCCACUACCUAGUUGUAAUAUCCAGAAACAGCAGUUUUGUCCUUGUUAAUUGUUCAUCAAUCUGGAAUAAUCGAUAACCUAACUGGAGGCAGAUGUUCUUUCAACGAAGCUCCAGGCUGUCGGCAUAUUGCAUGAAGUUCUACCUUAGCAAUGGCUUAACCCUUUCCAGCUCUAGUCGUGAAUUUUUUUUAAGUAUAACGAAGAAACACUUAGUGGUUCAAAUGAUCAUCUAAGCAUAGAUUUUACCAUCAAUUUUUUGUUUCUUUUUUUACGAGUUUCUUUCACAGAAGGUAUACCUUCUGUGUACAUUAUAAUGUUCCCAUUUGUACACACUGCCCACCUAGGGCAGGAAAAAAAUAUGCCUAAUCCUUCAAAAAUGAUUUCGAAUCUUUUACAAAAUUCAUUAUUUAAUACCUCAGGAGAAAAUGAAGAAAAGUGGUAGCAUGUUUUAAUUAAAAUCUUAAAAUCGUUUUUAAAAAUUCCAAUUUUUUAGUUCAAAAUUUUGGAUAGUUUGAAUAAGAAAUUGAGAAAACAGAAAAAGCCAUUUUCGUAGUACUACUGUCUGUGAUCCUUAGAGAGAACAAAAUAAUAACUCGGCAGCUACUUUCCGAAUUUUAAAGAGAACAACGUUUUUAUUGAAGUUUUUAAAUUGUUGCCCUUUUUUGUGAUCACCAUGCAGGAAAGGGUUAAGUAACUUACAGCUUACGCUUUUAGGUCUUUUAUUUAUUUAAUCUAUUAAUUUUGAGCAUUGUUUUAAUACACAACAUCUAUAUCGAUAUCAGAAUAUAUGUUAUCAGGCAUUUGACAGCAUAUAUAUUGUCAUCAUAAAACCAUCGUGUUGAGACAAGUCCAAGAGGUAUUAAAUGGUAUUUUAAGCGUUCUUAAACAUUUCUAUGUGUAUUUGUAGAGUAUUUGUAUUAUGUGCCUUAAUUUUAAUUUACUGCUUAUAUUAAGCAUUCUUGAAACUCAUUGAUAGUUGUUUUUAUUAAAGGAAUACAAACAAACAGUUCCGAAUUGAAUAGUUUUAUCAAUACAAUAAAAGACUUUAAUAAAAAAUGUUUACGAGUUGAGUUGUGCUCAUUUCAAAUGUUUUAAACGUUUUUAUUUUAUGCUCUAAAGAGUUGAAUUCAUAAGUUGUUGCAAGUUUGAAGUUUAACUUCAAGAAAUAAACUCCUUGUCAUAGGUUAAAAUGCCAAUAGUCUCUCAUAAAAUUAUUUUGAGUAUUAUGACUGAAAUUUUAAGACCAGAUGUCUGUAUGUGCUUUGUGUCCAAACAAACAUAAUGUGUAGUAAGAAGAUACUUGUAUUGCUAUUUGAAACAUUGCAGAUAAAGAUUUUUAGAAACACAAAAGAUGAAAAGAAUUUGUUUUACCUGAAUUGGAUUUUGUAUAUUUUUUGAACAUGCAAUUUUUGAACUGAUGAUUAUUUUUCCUUAAACUUAGCCCUUACAAAAUUUCAUAAAUAAUAUGCGUCACGAACAUGACGAAUGAUUGAAACUUUUAUCAGUGGCUUGUAUCUGAUGUCUAAUAUUUCUGAAUGAUACUG